CUGAUGGUGUAGCAUAUCGGUGGGGAAGAGAGCACCGUUCCUUCUUUGAGAACAACUUGGAACGGACAGUCGUGCGCUAACGUUCACCUCGGCUUUCACCUCUCCGAUCCAGUCCCUCCAUAUUUUCAUAUUUCCAUAUUAUAUUUAUUUUACAUUUAUAUGCCCUCCAUUAAUUGCAAUUAUUUAGUCCAACAAUUUUACACCGGUUUUUCAACGGUUUACUAUCAGUCAGGAUUAGAGGAUGCGCUGAUUGAUCCGCGAGUGAUCGGUUCUAUCGGUUCUAUCGGUUCUUAGUGGAUUUAUCAAUCUUCCCACCGAUUGAUUUUUAAACUGAUUCAAAGUGCGGAGGUGAUACCAGCGACAUGAUCCGCUGAGACACGAGGGAAUACUUUCGUCUUGGAUUCAACGCACGGAUUGACCAGUGGAAAUGCAGCACCAGCAGCAGAAUGGGGUUGUCCCCGGAGGAGGGAGUCAUGACGAUUUUUCAGAUGAUGAUACAACACCCUUGACCCAGGAUUACGGUGGAAGUCAGCGAACAGUCGUAGAGACAAAAGCAUGGGACGUCUUCAGAGAUCCCCCUCCAAAGAUAGACUCUGGCUCCAUGGCAAACCAAAAAUGCCUGGACGCGACAGUUCAAAUAACAAAAGUAAUAGUCUACCUCCUAGUGUUCGUCAUUGUCCUUGGUUGUGGUGUCCUGGCAAAGGGUACAGUACUCUUCAUGACAUCGCAGCUGCGUCCAGGUCGAGUGAUGGUGUACUGCAAUCGUCAAUUAGGUAGAGACCGCCAGUUCGUGGUUAGCCUCCCCGAGGAAGAGAGAAUUGGCUGGAUGUGGUGCAUAAUAAUAGCCUUCGCAGUGCCCGAGAUUGGCACCUUCAUCAGGAGCUGCAGAAUGUGCACCUUCAAGUCAUGCAAGAAGCCCCUGUCCUCGCACUUCCUCUUGGUCUUCAUGAUGGAGACAUUUCACGUACUGGGACUUGCUCUGAUGUUCUUCUCGGUGCUACCUGACCUGGAUGUCAUCAGGGGGGCUAUGCUGACCAAUUGUGUGUGCUUCGUACCAGGUCUCCUGGGUCUACUCUCCAGGAACAAGAGCAAAGACGAAUCCAAGAGAUUUGUCCUGGUGCUCGUUGAUCUCGCAGCACUGGCAGCACAAGCCAGUGGUUUUGUUGUCUGGCCACUGCUGGAGAGCUCCAGACACAGCCUCUGGCUCAUUCCAGCCUCUUUGAUCCUCGUAUCCUGUGGUUGGUGGGAGAACUACGUCUCCAUGCAGAGCCCCAUUGGUCUUGUCAGGACUCUCAACAGAGUUAAGAAGGAUCUCCGAUUGACGAGAUACUUCACCUACUUAUUCGUUUCCAUCUGGAAAAUCAUUGCCUUCUUCAUAAGCUCAUUGAUAAUUCUCCACGCGAGAGGUGAAACCGUUGGUCACCUGUUCACAAUGUUCGGUAGUGCUUUUGGAGAGCACAAGAUCACCGUGACAGCUGUACGUCAAAAUGCUCUGGGAACAAUUCCCGACAUCUCCGAGUUUCUGCCAAAUGGCGAGACUGAAACAGUCGAUGCUGACCUCAAUUCAGCCAUGUAUGUUCUGUUGAUUCAGAUCUUCGCGUCUUACUUCGCUUACAUAUUUGGUAAAUUCGCGUGUAAAAUUUUAAUCCAGGGCUUCAGUUACGCUUUCCCAGUGAGUCUGACCAUUCCCGUCCUGAUCUCCCUCCUCAUCGCGGCCUGUGGCCUCCGCAACACCGAUCCUUGCUUCUUCCACGGAACAAUUCCUGACUACCUCUUCUACGAGUCACCUCCACCCUACUUCCUAAACGACUUCGUAUCGAAGCAGUACGCGUGGGUGUGGCUGCUGUGGCUGCUCUCGCAGACCUGGUUCACCAUCCACAUAUGGACGCCAAAGUGCGAGCGUCUGGCUGCCACGGAGAAGCUCUUCGUCGUCCCCAUGUACGACUCCCUCCUGAUAGACCAGUCCCUCGGACUAAAUCGCAAACGUGACGAUCAACCGGAGGUGAAGGUCGAGGAUCUUGCCGAGAUCGAGAGAGAAAAGGGGGACGGUGAUUACGAGACCAUCUACGAGCAAACUGACGGAUCAACGACACCACCAUCAGCUGUCAAGAACAGCGAUCACGUAACACGUAUUUAUGCGUGUGCCACGAUGUGGCACGAGAACAAGGAAGAGAUGAUUGAGUUCUUGAAGAGUAUUUUACGGCUUGAUGAGGAUCAGUGCGCAAGGCGUACAGCACAGAAAUACUUGAAGGUCGUUGACCCAGAUUACUACGAAUUCGAGACUCACAUAUUCUUCGAUGAUGCUUUCGAAUUGGCUGAUCACGACGAGAACGAGACACAAGUGAAUCGUUUUGUCAAGCUGUUAGUGGGAACACUGGACGAAGCCGCCUCUGACGUGCAUCAGACAAGAAUGCACGUGAGAGCACCGAAGAAAAUUCCAACUCCUUACGGUGGUCGACUUGUGUGGACUUUACCUGGCAAGUCCAAGAUGAUUGCUCACUUGAAGGACAAGAACAAGAUUCGUCACAGAAAACGGUGGAGCCAAGUGAUGUACAUGUACUACUUGCUGGGUCAUCGCUUGAUGGAGCUGCCAAUCAGUGUUGACAGGAAGGAGAUAAUCGCCGAGAACACGUAUCUCCUGACUCUAGACGGUGACAUUGACUUCCAACCAGCCGCUGUCAAGCUACUCGUUGACUUGAUGAAGAAGAAUAAGAAUUUAGGUGCUGCCUGCGGUAGAAUUCAUCCAGUCGGCUCUGGCCCCAUGGUCUGGUAUCAGAUGUUCGAGUACGCCAUUGGUCACUGGCUCCAGAAAGCCACGGAGCACAUGAUCGGAUGUGUACUCUGUAGUCCUGGUUGUUUUUCCCUUUUCAGGGGUAAAGCACUUAUGGACGACAACGUCAUGAAGAAGUACACGACCAAGUCUGAGGAUGCAAGGCAUUACGUUCAGUAUGAUCAAGGUGAGGAUCGAUGGCUGUGCACUCUCCUACUUCAGAGGGGAUAUCGAGUCGAAUACUCCGCUGCCAGUGAUGCCUACACUCAUGCUCCUGAGGGUUUCAAUGAAUUCUACAAUCAGCGAAGACGAUGGGUCCCUUCUACCAUGGCUAAUAUCAUGGAUCUCCUCAUGGACGCCAAAAGAACUAUCAAAAUCAACGAUAAUAUCUCUAUGCCCUAUAUAUCGUAUCAGAUUCUCCUCAUGGGUGGCACCAUUCUCGGACCUGGCACCAUUUUUCUCAUGUUGGUGGGUGCCUUCGUGGCUGCCUUCAAAAUCGACAACUGGACCAGCUUCUACUACAAUAUCUUUCCGAUUCUAUUAUUUAUGGUCGUUUGCUUCACUUGCAAAUCUAAUAUACAGCUUCUCUGCGCCCAAAUAUUGUCAACGCUCUAUGCAAUGAUCAUGAUGGCAGUGAUAGUUGGUACUGCUCUACAACUUGGUGAGGAUGGGAUAGGCUCGCCAUCGGCGAUAUUCCUGAUGUCGCUGUCGAGUUCAUUUUUCAUAGCAGCUUGCCUACAUCCCCAGGAGUUUUGGUGUGUCGUACCCGGUAUCAUUUACCUCCUGUCUAUUCCCUCGAUGUACCUGCUUCUCAUUCUUUACUCGAUCAUAAAUCUCAAUGUCGUAACGUGGGGAACGAGGGAAGUCCAAGUGAAGAAGACGAAGAAGGAAUUAGAGCAAGAGAAAAAGGAGGCAGAAGAGGCGAAGAAGAAGGCCAAGACAAAAUCGCUGUUAGGAUUUCUCCAGAAUGGAUCUGGAAAUAAUGACGACGAUCAGGGGUCUAUCGAGAUUUCUCUCGCUGGAUUAUUCAAAUGUAUGUUGUGCACUCACGGCAAACCUUCGGAGGAGAAGCAACAGCUUGUAGCUAUUGCAGAGUCUCUGGAGCAAUUGGGAAAACGAUUAGAGACGAUUGAGAGGGCGGUGGAUCCUCACGCUCACAGCGCAGUCCGCCGUCGUGGCUCAUCAGCAGGUUCUCGAGGUGGAGAUCAUCUGGGUCCGAUAAAUGAAGCCUCGCAGGAGGAUCAAGAGCACAACAGCGAUUCUGACGAGUCGAGCGAGCAAGAGGACAUCAGACGAGACGAGAAUCUCUCUCGUCCUUAUUGGCUGACCGACGAGGGCCUGAAGAAGGGCGAAGUCGAUGUCCUCUCGAUGCAGGAGGAAUCCUUCUGGAAGGAUCUCCUUGCCCAAUACCUCUACCCCAUCGACGAGGACAAAGCAGAGAAGGCACGCAUCGCGGGAGAUCUCAUUGAACUCCGGAACAAGAGUGUAUUCGCGUUUUUAAUGUUCAAUGCUCUAUUUGUACUGAUAGUAUUUCUACUUCAAUUGAACAAAGAUCAGCUGCACGUUGUUUGGCCACUUGGGGUCAAGACCAACAUCACCUUCGAUGAGGAAACCUCAGAGGUGCACGUCUCGAAGGAAUAUCUACAACUGGAGCCUAUCGGUCUUGUCUUCGUGUUCUUCUUCGCCCUCAUCUUGGUUAUUCAGUUCACUGCUAUGUUGUUCCAUCGAUUUGGAACAUUCGCUCAUAUUUUAUCGAGCACUGUUCUGAGUUGGUACUGCUGUAAGAAACCCAAAGACCUCUCGGAGGAGGCUCUGCUGUCGAAGCACGCGGUGGAGAUCGUCAGAGAUCUCCAGAGGCUCGACGGCAUGGAGGGUGACUACGACGAAGGCAGUGGCAGUGGUCCAGGUCGCAGGAAGACCAUCCGAAACCUAGAGAAGAGCAGAAGAAAGACGCAGGCGAUCAAUACCCUUGACGUAGCCUUCAGACAGAGGUUCUUCAGCAUGACCGAAGGAAACGGCGAGGCAAUCCUAGGUCUCCCCAGGAAUAUCUCGACGCGUCGCUCGAUGAAGGCAUCCAAGGCCUUCGAGGCUCGUCGCAACAGUCUCAUCGCACUCAGGAGAAAGUCCCAGAUGCAGACCCUGGGGGCUAAUAAUAUUUACGGAGUCGCUGGUAAUCCUCUGGGGAUUCAACCUAGACCCACUCGCAGCAGUCAGAUAUCUGUCAAAGACGUAUUCGCCGAUGCUGGACAGGUGAAUGGUGGCUACGAAGCUGACAACAGCCCCAGGAACAGCGUCAGGCUUCAGCCUAUGGGUAACGUCGGCUGGAGCACCAACUCCAACUCAAAGAUGUAACAUUCAAGAGUUUUGGGUAGCUAAAAGACUUUGGAUGAUUACUAGGAGCGAAUUUUUCACUACCUUGUGUACGACGUGUUCUAUCGUUUCGUAUGUGAUACCCAGUUAUUUAAUUAUGACACUGAUAAUUCAGUAAGAGAUUAAUAAAUGAAUGGAUUAAGACGUCGUGUGCCUGUUAUGUUGAUGAGUAUUAAUUAAUAGAUCGAUUGUUAUUCACGUAGUCAUUUAUAGUUGAUGAUGUUACGUUGGCAUGAGUGAAUUCUGAUUGUGAGAAUGAGUCAAGUGCAAUAAAUCAAUUUUCAUUACAA